CCCUUACAAAGUUUGGCAACUCCUGGAGGGCUCUUCUAGGGUGGGUGCUGUCGUGCGGCGCCCAUCGGAAUCGGAGUAGUUCCUUUCCCUUUCCCCGGCCAUGGCCUGGAGGAGGUCGGCCAACCUUGAGAAACGUGACCGUGCUCGUUCGUGACGUUUGUAAGUUGUACGACCUGAUUGCACUGACUGUAGUGGUGUUCUACGUGGCAUUACUCGUAGGGGAGACGAGAAGUUGCCCCUCCUGGCGUGACAGCCAGCUAUUGUUCUCUUCCUCGCCCGUGAUGCUGACGCUUGCCAUGCUGGCGGCUCAUCAGCUGCCGGCCUGAGAACGGCGGCGGCACCUUUGUGGAAGCGUACGCCUGCUUGGGAUGGUCGCUGUGAUUGAAGGGACUGCAUAUAUGGACCAUGGAAUGCGACCCAGGGCACGUGCGCCAGGCGGGGGGUGAAUAAGUCGUCAACGGUCUUCGAGGAUCGGCUAAUUAACGAACGAGCCGCGGGGUGAGGCUGGGCUCAGGUCCGGCAGGGGAGGAGGGAGUGUUGGCAAAGAGGUGAGAGAGGAAAAGGGGGAGAAGAGAGGGCGCGCUGUGUGUGCACAUUCGAAAUAACCAUCAGGCGGGAAUUGCCCGGGAGUUAGGUAGGAGGUAACAGCAGGAGCUAGAGCGAGGGGGGGGGUUGGUUCAAGAAGAUGACCGGGAAGAGGUUCACCCGCGGAAGCGCCGCGGCGGCGGCUUCUGGUGCCAUGGAUGGGCCCAUCACAAAGAUCGACGAGGAGCUGGCGCCCAGCGUUCUUCGGCAGGUAGAGUACUACUUCAGUGACAGCAACUUGCCGAGGGACAAGUUCCUGAAGGAGAAGGUGGAGGAAGGUGGAGGCGUUGUAAGCAUCUCGCUCAUCUGCACUUUCUCGCGAAUGCGUGGCUGGCUACAGAUAAAGUCGGAGGACACGCCCAUUCCCAUGGCAACGGUUCUUGAGGUCGCUCGCGUUCUGGAAAGGUCAACUAUGUUGAAGAUCACGGAGGACAAAACGAAGGUAGGUCGGGCGGAAGGUCUCGUGGAGGGUGAUGCGCUCACCGAGAAGAUAAACGCCAGGAGCCUCUAUGCGGCUCCCUUUCCUUGGAACGUAACCUUCGACGCGGUGACGGAGUUCUUCUCGAAGUUCGCUAAGGUAAACAGUGUCCACUUGCGCCGCCACAGCAUGAGCAAAGAUUUUAGAGGGUCCGUGUUUGUGGAAUUCGCGACGGAGGAAGAUGCCAAGCGAGUGAAGGCGAUGAAACUGCAGUUUCAGGGAGCAGACCUGGAGAUGGAGGGAAAGGCCAGCUUCUUCGAGAAGAACCCGUACGUUGAACGGAGCAAGAGUGACAGGAGAGACGGCGGCGGCAUGGACGAGGAAGAACGGCCCGCGGAUGAAGGUGGCGCCGACGCAGAGGAAGACAACGACGCAGAUCUGCUGGACUAUCCCAAAGGCGUAGUCGUUGCUUUGAUCUUGAAGAGGAAAGGUGAGAGCGCCGGCGAUCUUCCUCCUCCCGCUGCGGCGACCGACAAGCCCAAUGGGUCGGCGAAACCUAUCGAGCAGGAAGAGGAAGCUGAGAAACGAGGGGGGACCGAACCCUCCGCCGAGCAGGCUGUGACAAUUAAGGAAGAUACCAAGGAGGAGCCAGUUGUGAACGGCGCCGGAAAGGAGGAAGGAAAGGGGGGGGAGGGACAGGAAGUCGGAGAAGAUUUGACCAAGUCCACAGAAAACAAUGUGGGGCAGGCGACGGGGGAAGCAACGAGCGAUGGUGCUGCGGCGGCGGUAACGGCGAUGGAGGAGGAUCAUGCGGCUGCAGGCCAAAGUGGGGGGCCAAUGCCAAUGGAGGAGAGCGGAAAGACGGAAAAAGAGAAAGAAGGGGAUGCCAUAGCAGAUCCUGUAAAAAAAGAUGGGGAAGGAGAAGUCGUGUGCAAGGACGGAACGGAGAACAUGGUACCGGAGGAGAGCGAGAACGGGGAAAAAGAGCCGACGAAGGCCGAUGACAUUCCGAUUGCCGCUGAAGAGGACGGAUGUGAUGGCUUGAAGGAUGCAGAGGGCAAAGAGGCGACUGAGGCCCAAGAGGGUACUACCAAGAAGGCGACGGAGGGGGAUGCAGAGGAGGCGGCAUCGAAAACUACGGAGAAGGAGGAGGAGGUUGUGGAAAAGAGUGAGCAGGAGAAAUCGACGGAUGGGGCGAAGCCGGAACAGGAAAAGCCGAAGGAGGAGACAAAAGAAGAGGACAACAAAUCGAUGGUGGAAGAUGCGAAGGAUGAAGAGGAGAAACCGGAGGAGGAAGCCGACCAUGUGAUGGAGGAGGUAAAGGAAGGAGGAGCCGAAGGCGGAGGCGGCGGAGAUCGAGAGAAAGCGCGCGAUGAACAGGAGGAAGGUAUCAAGCGAGAAGAUCUGCGUCAUCUUUUUGAGGAGUACGGGGUUAUAAUGUACGUGGACUUUUCGAUCGGAGAAGAGAAGGGAUACGUGAGAUUUGAGUCGGAGGGGGAAGGGAAGGCGGCUGUGGAGGCGGCGCAGAGAGAGGAAGGAGGUGCGUUCGAAAUGAAAAACAGGAAAUUGUAUGUGCGGUUGCUCGAGGGAGACGAAGAGAGAGAGUAUUGGGCAAAGGUGAAGCAGUCCCAGGCAAGGUAUAGGGAAAGUAACAAGUUUGGAGGGAGGGGACGUGGGCGCGGAAGGGGAAGGUUUGGUAGGAGAGGCGGCGGCGGCGGCGGCGGCGGCGGCGGCCGAGGCAGAGGGGGCUACAGAGGCCGCGGAGGCAGGUUUUCCAACGAUGGCAAGCGUUCUAGGGAGUAUCAAGAUGCGGGUAGAGGCUCCAAGUCCGCCAGAACAAGCUAGUUUCUUUGCGGGGUCUACUUUUGUCCGCCUAGCAGGGCUCACGUGUGUAUGUGUUCGCGUAUGUGGGGGUGCGUUCGUGUGCCCCCGCGCGUGUGUACGUGUAAGAAUGGGUGUGAGCGAGCGAGCGAGCGAGCGAGAGAGAGAGAGAGAGAGAGAGAGAGAGAGAGAGAGAGAGAGAGAGAGAGAGAGAGAGAGAGAGAGAGAGAGAGWKWRGUSUGSAGARKGGGGAGGGCUGUUAAUGAGAAGAGUAUCUCUUUGUGCAAGGGAUUUUGUAAAGCGAGAGAUUCAGUCGAGAUGAGGGGGGGAUGACCUUGCUGGACUUUGGCACGGUUAGGUUGUAUAAGAUCAGGGCAGAAAAGCGCGGGACGCUGUGAGCUUCCCGUAGCCUUGACGCUGUGUCAGUGUAUUAACGCCUUGAAAGCAGUUGGCAUCUUACUGUAUGUGCCUUCUUGUUCGGAUUUUCUAGUUUUUCAAUUCUCUACCCAUUUCUGGGUGAUGGAGUCGAAUGUCUUGGCAAUUUGCCCUUUCUUCCUUCGUCUACACCACUCCCUUUCUUCUCGUUUCACGGCCAUUGAUUUAUUUGAAUCAUUCCCGUUAUGUGAAUGGUUGAUGACACGUGGAUGGCCAGCUAAACGCCAGUUGUGUCGUCUGACUGAAAGGGAUACACUAGCAGUUCUUGGAUUGAAUCUGACCUCCUUUAGCGACAGAUUCAAUCGA